GUCAUAAACGUCUUGCGGAAGCCGUCGGAUGUUGCCUGGUGGGGUUCAGGCGACUCCGUUGUUGUUUCCUCCCUGCUUAUCUGCGGAUAUUUCCCAGGCGUUUCUCUCGCGCGUAUGGUGUCAGUGGUCGUCAUGGCGGCGGCCAGGGCGGACGAUUCUCGCAGAUCCUGGGGUCUUCAUGUCUGUUCGAGGCGGUGACGGUUUCUUGCUCUCGAGGCGUACAGUUUGUUGGUCACUGUGUCGAAACUGGGAGCAUAGGUGAGUUGGAGGAUACGGAAUGAGCCGUGUGCAUAUCUUGGAAGUAUCAGCCGAUAGUUGCGGUCUGCGGCAUCGUUCUAC